AUGUCAAAAAAUAAUAGAGGAACACGAGGACGAGGUGCUGCAAGGGGAAGUCCCGGUCCUGCCGUUGUGAAUGCCACUUGGGAUCUGACAACGAACGAGUUCCAAGUGUCUCCCAGCGUGCCUCAACCGCCCGUGCUACCCAGUCGAUCCAAGUUUGAUUUUUCCAGUAAUAACCACGACGUGAAUGAGUGGGCAUUGAACGCUUCCAGUGGUUGGAAUGCGGCCCCUGCCACUACCAAUCAACCAUGGGUUCAACCGUCCGCUUAUCAGGAGAUCGGUCAUCGAUUCAGCAACAAAGACAAGGAUAUCGUCACCUUUCGUCUCAAUCCUGACAUCGUGGACGAUGACUCUUCCGUUUUCACCAAAGUCGUCAACUAUGAAGAUUUUCGUAACGAAUCCAUCGUACCUGAUCGCGAGGACAUUCUCAAGCCGGAGGAGCCCGAACCCGCCAACGAUCCAGACGAUAUUUGGGCAGCGCCACCUCAGCGGAAACGAUUCGGCGUCAUACCUCACUUGCCUAUCAACCAGGUCCGAGGAUCUUACAGUAGCGUGGAUGAAUAUCUGUACACGCACUUUGAACUAAUGCGUCACGAUAUUCUGAUCCCUCUGCAACGCGCCGUCAAGUCAUACCGAGAAUUCGUCGAUCGCAGGAAUUACACCCCGUUUGAAGAUUUCAACGGAACAGCUUCUAACCUGCCACGCGAUUUCAGAUUGUACGAAAAGGUGCAUCUGAACGCACUCGUCUUUGGUUCGCGACAAGUGCUUCAUCGGAUCUCUUUCCGCGUGCCUCAUUACGUUCGAAAAGUCAGCUGGGCCCAAUCCAAGCGUUUGCUGGAAGGUUCGCUCGUGCUGCUUUCCAAAGAUGACUUUGAAACCGAUAUCAAGGUGGCCACGGUGGUGCAAAGAGGCGAAGUGCCCAUGAAAGCGAAUCGCUUCGAAUAUUUCAUCGACAUCUUCCUGGAAAAGGAUAAUGAUGACAUGCCACUCGGAUUUGGUGAUCCCUCUUCUAUGCAACAAGAUACUUAUGUCAUGAUUGAAGCGGUAGACGGUUAUUUCGAAGCCUACCGUCACGUGCUGACGUGUCUUCAAAACAUCGAUCCGGAAACAUUACCUUUUACGCAGAAUUUUGUCGACGUGUCACAGGAAGUGCGAAUCCCUCAUUAUGCGGCGGUGAAGCGUUUUUACGACAUUGAUCUCACCCCAGGCAGCCGUAAGGUCCGCACACCGAAACCGGUCGAUAUUGCCAAUGGAAUCUGGCCUGAAUAUCAAACCAGUAUGGACGCCACCCAAAUGGACGCCCUGCGUACCAUUCUUUCACACGACGUAGCCAUCGUUCAAGGUCCUCCCGGUACCGGUAAAACGUUUGUGGGAACCUACGCAAUGGGAGUGCUACUGAGAAACUUUGAUGAAAGCUUUGGUCCGAUUGUCUGCAUUUGUCAAACGAAUCACGCCCUGGAUCAGUUUUUGGAGCAUAUUCUUCAACACGAUUCGCGGAUUGUGCGUAUCGGUGGUCGAUCAAAAUCGGAUCUUUUGAAGGAACAUAUUUUGUACGAAAUUUGCAAAAAUUAUCCAAGAGGCCCGCGAGGCAUCGGUCGUUUAUACAGACAGCGAGAUGCCGUCAUGAAAGCGAUCAAACAAAUGAUCAUCGAUAUAUACGAAGAACCCUGUGUUCCACUGGACUACCUCUACAAAAUCAAAGCACUUCGGCCGAGGCAGCUGGAUUCCCUCAAGCGACUAGGUGAAAGGGAAAAAGCCCGAAAACAGCAGCAGGCCCCGAACUCCGCCGCAGCGGCUGCGGAAGAUUCAGACGACGAAUGGGUCAUUACCUCGGAAGUGCCAAAAGCGCCUUCCAGAGCGCGCAAUGAUACCUGGGAUGCUGGUAAUCCGAAUCACGCUGUGGCCGCCGAAGCUCCUCCCGUGAACGCCGUGGAAGUGUGGCUUAGAGACGCCAUUGAAUACGUCGAUCCCUCAGGCAUUCUGUCGUCUUACACGGAAGACAUGAAGGAACAAUUGUUGGAAACGCAAAAGGGACAGAUCUUUGAUGACGACGAGGAUGAAAAGGAAUUGAUGGACGAGGACGAACAAAGAGACAUUAUCCAAGAUUACCGAGAUGACGCUUAUCUCAGUAAUCCACUCAACAAGAAUCCUUACAUUAAUAUCGGCCGAGCUUACCGCAAUCCCAAUAAUGAGCUACGAAACGAUAAUCCUUCACUGAUGUCCACCACUCGAGCGGACCGAAAGGUCCUCAAUUACGAGAAACAAGACAAUCUACGCCAGCCCAAGAAACUGAGUUUCUUUGACGAUGAUGAUGAUGCUGAAAACGAAUUUUUCGACGAAGAACCUCAACACCAUGUGUUGGAACGCUGGUUGAAGGAUGAUGACGUGACCAUGUGGCCACUGGCCGUACGGUUAAAAGCGCACAAGAAAUGGGCCACGCAACGUCAUAAUGAGCUGAACCGUCAGCUCCAAGCCUUGAUGCAACAAUAUGAAAAUUACACCAAACAGAUCCGAAAGAUCAACGCACAACACCAUGCUGCCAUUUGUCGCAAACAUCGCGUCAUUGGUCUUACUACGACGGGUGCUUCUAAAUACCACGAUCUAUUGCAAGAGAUCAAGCCACGUGUCCUGGUCGUUGAAGAAGCAGCGGAAAUGUUGGAAUCUCACAUUGUGGCAGCUCUCACUCCAUCUUUACAACAUUUGAUCCUCAUUGGUGAUCAUCAACAGCUGCGACCUUCCACUGCGGUGCAUGAAUUGUCAGAGUAUCAUCAUUUGAGCGUGUCGCUCUUCGAACGACUGGUGCUCAACGAUAUCCCCUUUACUCGUCUUUCUCAUCAACGUCGUAUGCAUCCUGAAAUUCGCACGCUAAUUGAUCCCAUCUACAGUAAUCCACGACUGCAGGAUCACAAGGCGGUAUUCGGUCUGCCUCCUGUGCGCGGUGUAAGUGAGCGUAUAUUUUUCCUCAGUCAUAACGAAGCAGAAAGUCACAUGGAUGAUACCGCGUCCAAAUCCAACGAACAUGAAGCGGAAAUGGCGGCCAAAUUGGCAACUUACUUUAUGCUGCAAGGCUAUGAGCCAGAGAUGAUCACGAUCAUCACCAUGUAUGCCGGUCAGCGAUCCAAGAUUCGAAAAUGUUUACGCGACGAGCGCCGUAGCGAUCUUGAUACCAGCUUGGUGCAUGUGAGCAGUGUCGAUGGAUACCAGGGUGAAGAAAACAAGAUCAUCAUCUUGUCUUUGGUUCGAAGCAACAGCGCCGGUCAAAUUGGUUUCUUGAAAGUCUCCAAUCGUGUUUGCGUCAGUUUAUCCCGAGCUAAGCACGGAAUGUAUAUCCUGGGAAAUGCCCACUUGCUUUGUGAAAAGAGUGAUUUGUGGAAUGAAAUUAUUGCCAAUCUGGAAGACCAGCCACUGCCCAAGAUUGGUACCAAAUUGGAAUUAUCUUGCCAAAAACACGGCCGCAAGACCGAAGUGCAAUGGCCUGUGGAUUUCACCGCAGUGGAAGAAGGAGGAUGCAGUUUACCUUGCUCGGAGCUACUGGCAUGUGGACACAAGUGCCCGAAACGGUGUCACCCGUACAGUCAUGAAGAUGUUCGUUGUCAAGAAGUGUGUCGGCGUCCGUUACCCGGCUGCGGACACCCAUGUCCUAAUCUGUGCAUCCAACCCUGUGGACCCUGCAAGCAGACCGUCCGCAUGCGUCUUAACUGUGGUCACGAUGUGGAAGGAGAGUGCAGCAAGAUGAGGCAAGCACCUCGUUGUCCUCUCUGCUCUGGAGGAUUGUAG